GUGUUGCAGGUUGCCAGUGCCCAGUGUAUGGUGGCCAUCCUGGUUCACUCCCCGACUCAGUACUGUUCCCCUUUCAUCCUGGCAGACGUACCUGAGUUCCUGUUUGAGUGUCUGUGUACCACCAGUGAGGUUCUGCUGUGCUCUGUUCACAGCAGUCUGCUCCUGCUGACUGAAGAUCCGCUCUUCUUCUCCCAGUGUCACUCUGUUUAUGGUAUUGAGUCCCUGGUGUGUAGUCUGAAGCAGGUUCUGAGGAUGACCAACCUGGAGGUGCAGACACAGGGCCUGCUGCUGCUCACUGAGGUCCUGGAGAGACAGCCCGUAGGAGUGUGUCUGUUCCCCAGCGGCUCUGCGUUCCUGGCGGUGGCAGAGGUGGUGUUAGGGGGCGUGGCCUCCUCCAGUCUGCAGGUGGCCACUCAGGCAGCACGCACUGCCGCCACCCUGCUCAGGCUUCAGCACCAGUCCAGCCCGGUGCAGCACCAGGCUGUGGAGAAGCUGGUGGAGGCCAUCACAGCCAGGUGUGCUGAGCUGCCACUACCAUCCUCCUCUCACCGCCCAGGCCCUGGGAGUGUGAAGGUCAGUGAGGCCCACAGCCAGGCCUCCAGGGCAGGGGGCUUUCUACUUCAGGCCCUGGUCUGCCUGCAGGCUGCUUGCAGGCUUGCGGAGCAGUGUGCGUCAGAGCCCGGGCUGAAGGAGAACGUGUUCACCGCUCCCUCGAGUCAAAGUCAGAGUCAGGACCCGCUCCAGUCUCUGUGUGUGUGUCUUCUGCACAGCUGUGACUCUGUCUGCAUCCCCACAGUCACUAAGCAGUGUGAGAGUUCUCCCAGUCCUCAGGUUCUGCAGUACUUCUACUCCAUCCUGCUGUCCCAGUUCUCCCUGCUGCCCACGCUCAUGCCCCGCUUCGCUGCCAAACUGGCCUCUUCUGGUUUCUACAGGCUGGCACUGGAGCACAAAGCUCUCCUCUGUGUAGGAGGCAGGAACUCUUCUCUGAAUGUGUCGUGCAGUGUGUUUAUUCAGAAGCUCAGUGUGUGUCUGCUGUCCCAGAUCUCCCCGCAGCAAGACCAGGAGGAGGUGGACAGUGUGUUGGGGUGCGUGCUGCCUGCUCUGUGUGUGCGUGUGUCAGACUGGCCCUCUCUGCUGGCUGAGGCCCCGGGGACACACCCCCCCUCUGCUGGCCCCAGGGCCACCCAGCACUGCCUGCUCCUGAUGCUGCAGCUGGCCCUGCAGCAUGGAGACAGGCUGCUUCCUGACUCCACAGUGUUCUCCAGUGUGUGUGGGCUGCUGUGUUCAGUCCAGCAGCAGGGGCACGGCCCCCCCCCCGCCCCCCUGGUGCUCAGAGCUGCCCUCUACCUGCUGGCUGCCACUCAGGACCGCAGCCCCCCUCUCGCCUGGGCUCCUCUGAACAGCAUCAGUAAGACCCUGGCCUCCAGCCCCUGCCUCUCCUCCCUCUACAUCCACCACGCCCCCCUCCUCCACUUCCUGUACCGCUACCCUGAGCUGGCCCAGGGCUUUGGAGCCCAGAUCCUGGAGCUGUGGCUGAGCCACCAGACCAGGGAGCCAGACGUGGCUCCAGAGCAGCCCGAGGGCAGGGACCAGGCCCAGGACCAGGAGAGCGCUGUCCUGCUGGCUCUGAUGGAGAAGAACCCCUCAGUCAUCCUGACCAUGCUGGGCCUGGUGUGUACCAGGGAGGGGCCCCUGGCAGAGCGGGCCUUGGCCCUGCUGGAGGUGUUCCUGCAGAGCAGGGGAAGCUGUGAUGCCAGCCUGGCCGCCCUCCUCCCCCCCACCCUGCUCCAGGUGCUGCAGAGACUCACCCUGGAGGGGCCAGGCCAGGGUGUGGACUCUCUCUCCCUGGUCCUGAGGCUGCUGUGUGUGACCCAGACCAGACGGGCUCCGGCUGACAGUGACACGGACGGAACCCACUUCAAGCUGCUCUACCACGUCAGUACCUUGGCAGGGAAGUUGCAGCCCACCAACACAGAGUCUCUGCUGCCGGCCUUCACCUUCCUGCACUGCUGCCUCAGCCUGCCUCCAGCUCACUGUGGUGAUGGAGCUGUGUCCAUGUUGCUGAGCAACACUGGACUAAUGAAUCAACUACAAGCCAUCCUCUCCUCCUCCACCCUCUCUCCCUCCCUCUCUCCCUCCCUCUCUCCCUCCCUCUCUCCGUCCUGCGCCCUGCUAUGUCGUGCUCGCCUGCUCCUGUCCUCCCUGGUCACCCUGCAACACACACUCUCCAGCCAGGUCCACACGAGAAUCAGUCUGAACCUGGAGAGUAUGGUUCAGACUCUACUCUGCAGGAAGACCCACACACACACUCUGCUGCUGGCCAGCUCUCUGAAGCUGCUGCAGGCGGUGCUGGAUGUGGAUGUGUCCUCAGAGCUGCUGUGUGUGGCUGUGGGCCCUGGGUCUGGCUCCAGGCCCGUAGGGGGCGCUGACAGCUGUCUCUACCCCCUGGGCUCCUCUGGGGCCCUGCGCCUGGCCACUGCUCUCUACAGCCUGCUGCUGCAGAAGCAGCAUGUGGUGCUCAGGGUGUCUGUGAGCUGUCUGGGUUCUCUACUGGCCUACCUGCAGAGGAGGAGUCCUCUCACAGCCCAGCAUGUGGCGAGUCAGCCCUGGUGUCGUCUCCUCCUCCACUCUCUCCUCCACUCUGGAGAAACCUGCCUGCUACACCCUGCCAGUCUCACCCUGCUAAGCCUGCUGGUGGCAGCAGGCAGCAGUGUGGUGAUGUGGGAGCCACACCUGAGGAAGGUGCUGGACGCUGUGGAGACGAGAGGACUGGAGGAGCUGGAGGAGCAGAGCACACAGGCCCUCUCUCUGCUGCUCACACAGCUCCAGAGCAGUGUCCUCCACCCCCCUCCAUCUGAGGAGCAGAGAGUCCGGGCUGACGCUCUAAUGGAGUCCCUGCCCCCACUGCCCCCCACUCACCUCCAUCUGCUGACCACCAGCUUUCUGCAAACUGAAGAGCUGUCCAUCUGUCUGUCUGCUUUCACUGUGAGGAUGAACACUUCUACUGCAAGAGGAUGAACUGGCGUACAGUUUGGAUGGAAUCAAAUCAUUUACACAUUAUUUCACACUGCGAUGUUAUUCAUUUAUUUGUCUUGAUUUUGCUCUCAAGAAGCCUUUUCUGAAGACUUGGCAUAGAAGACUAUUUAUAUUGUACAAGUAGUCUA